AAAGUACGCGUCGAUGCUUAAAAUAAAAUUUCCAAUCAAACGAAAAUUUGAUAAACCGAACGGAACGAUGGAUUUUCAGCUCUUCGUGUUCUUGGGACUGGCGGCGUUCGCCCGAGGGGCGGUGAUUCCCGCCGUGCCGCUGGCGGCGACAGCGCCCUUCGCGAAGUUGGAGGAGUUCGACGCGGCGCCGCAGUACAGCUUCGCAUACGAUGUGCAGGACGCGAUAACCGGCGACUCCAAGGCUCAGUACGAGACCCGCAACGGCGAUCUCGUCCAGGGUAGCUACAGCUUGAUCGAGGCCGACGGCACGCGCCGUAUCGUCAAGUACACCGCGGAUCCGAUCAACGGCUUCAACGCGAUCGUCAGCAGGGAACCGGCGACGGUGGCCGCGAUCGCGACGCCGGUUCUACCGCUCAGACCGGCUGCGCUGACCCCCGUCGCCUUGCCGGCCGCUCCCGCGCCAGCCGCGCCGUCGAUCCCCGCCAUCGGGCCCGAUUCCGACGUCGAGGUGGUCGAGGCUCGAUCGGGUCCUCUGACGAAGCCGACGCCGCGCGAUCAGGAGAUUCAGCGCCAACAGUUGCGACAGCUGCAGCGGCUGCAGGAUCAACAACGCCAGCAGCAGCAGGAGCAGCAACUGCGACAGCUGCAGCGGCUGCAGGAUCAACAACGCCAGCAGCAGCAGGAGCAGCAACUGCGACAGUCGCAGAUUCAGCGCCAGCAACAGUACCCGGCGAAGGAGCAACAGCAGGAGCAACAGCAGCAACGAAUAAUCGCCCAGCCGCAACAACAACCGAUCGCGAGCGCUCAACUGACAGGCAUCCCCGCUACCAGGGCCGUCAUCGCUCAUCCCUACGCCGCGUACAGUGCGACGUACUCCUUGCCCUUCGCAUACGCCGCACCCCUCACAGGUCUCGCGCCCGCCCCCGCGUUGACGUGAACCACUUGUCCACCGAAUUGCACCCGCCACUCCCACGACCCGUUAUUUGUACCCUUUAUUACAAUGAAAUUGCAAUAAAUCCUCUGCCAUGAGUUACUUGUAAAAGCA